AUGAGCACCGAAAUUAAGCUUGCACCAAAGGAUUACGAGAAGGACAAGGACUUCGCCAAGGCUCUGCAUGGCAAGGACGCCACGAGCGCUACAGGAAUGAGUGCUUGGGUGAAGAAGGACAAGGAAGCUCAGAAAGUCGCGAUGGAGGGAUAUUUCAAGCACUGGGACGGGAAGACCGACAAAGAGACCGAGAAAUCGAGGCUCGAGGACUACUCGACGCUGACCAAGCACUACUACAACCUGGUGACCGAUUUCUACGAGUACGGAUGGGGAGCCUCGUUCCACUUUUCCAGAUACUACAAGGGAGAGCCAUUCAGACAGGCUUGUGCUAGACAUGAGCACUAUUUGGCAUUGAAAAUGGGUAUCAACGAGAACAUGAAGGUGCUGGACGUCGGAUGCGGAGUUGGUGGCCCUGCCAGAGAGAUCACCAGGUUUACUGAUUGUGAGAUUGUCGGACUGAAUAAUAACGACUACCAAAUCGAGAGAGCCAACAACUACGCCAAGAAAAUGAAGUUGGACCACAAGCUGUCUUUCGUGAAGGGAGACUUCAUGCAGAUGGACUUUGAGCCAGAAACCUUUGAUGCUGUCUACUCCAUCGAGGCCACCGUCCAUGCUCCUGUGCUGGAAGGAGUGUAUGGCCAGAUUUACAAGGUGUUGAAGCCCGGUGGAGUUUUCGGAGUUUACGAGUGGGUGAUGACCGACGAGUACGACGAGACCAACGAGGAGCACCGCAAGAUUGCGUACGGAAUUGAGCUCGGUGACGGUAUUCCUAAAAUGUACAAAAGAGAGGUUGCCGAGAAAGCUCUGCAAAAUGUCGGUUUCGAGAUCGAGUACACCAGAGACCUUGCCGACGCCGGUGACGAGAUCCCAUGGUACUACCCAUUGAGCGGAGACUUUAAAUACGUGCAGACUAUCGGCGAUCUCUGGACUUUCUUCAGAACGUCCACCGUGGGCAGAAAAAUCACCACUGGCUCUGUUGGCCUCAUGGAAAAAUUGGGCAUUGCUCCUAAGGGCUCCGUGAAGGUCACCGAGGCUCUUGAGGACGCUGCUGUGUACCUCGUUGAAGGAGGAAAAAGGAAGCUGUUCACUCCUAUGAUGCUGUACGUUGUGAGAAAACCUUUAAAUGCUAAAUAA